AUGCAUCAGCCCAUAUUUUUCUAUCAGCAUCUCCUACUUGUUGCUUACCUCUCUUGGAUUUCCUUGUUGAAUCUUUACAUUGAAUCAGCUUCAUUAGCUCCUGAAUGCUCUCCAGAUGGACACCAGAUCCUCCACAAUCCCUAUCGAAGCACUGAUUUUGAUUCACUGGAAUUACAGCAAACAGCAAUCCAAGACCUGGUUUGUGACCACUCAUUGCCCCAAGGAUGGUAUCGUUUUAUGAUCAACAACAAACCUGCAGAAAUGCCAACAAAAUGUAUAGAAAUGAAUAAAUGUGGAACACAAGCUCCAGUUUGGCUUUCCCUGAAAUCAGAAACCCUCCCUCUUCCUGGUGAAAGAAAGCAGCUCAUGGCCUGCGCUACGUGGCAAUUCUUCUUUGGGAGCACCAAAGACUGCUGCUUGUUCCGAAUACCUAUUUCAGUUAGAAACUGCGGUGGAUUCUUUGUUUAUCUUUUGCAGCCCACUCAGGGAUGCAUGGGUUAUUGUGCAGAAGUUGUUGCAGAGUUAAAACCAAAGGUCUGUGCUCCUGGGGAAUCUGAAGGUGAAGGAAUUUGCCAGGGAAAAUUCCCAACCCUGAUUUUGCAACCAGUGAUUACUGCUGAGCUUGUGAGAGGCAAUGUCCAUCUCAAAUGUGCUUACAGCCAUUCUUCCUCAACUCAGCCUUUGCACUAUGUGGUGGUCUGGUCACGCCAUUCCGCAUCCAGCAUGAAAGAACAGAUCCAUCGUGACACAACUCUGCAGACAUUCUCCUAUGUAGAGAUGGAUGGAGUUAAUUUCAGAUUGGGAGUAACGGUCUUUUGCACUGUUACUGCUUUUAUGAAGGACCCACCUGAUCAGCAGUCAUUGUCUGAAGAGAGCACUGGAUUUUAUAUUGGGAUUAAGUUUGUACCACAAUCAUUACAAAUUGCAGAAGAUGGCAAAGAGCAUGUUUUGACCAUCCUAAGCACCAUACCCAUUACUUGCCAAGAUCAAGGUGGCAUCUGUAAAAUUACUUUACAACUGAGUACUGAAGAUUCUGAUAGUCUCGCCCAGGGACCCCCAAACAUAGCCCUUUCAACAUGCCAGGUGGAUCUGCAGCAGAUGCCCUGUACAGAAGGCAGCUGUGCAAGAGCCUCACUCACUGUGACAGCGGUGACAGACUUUGCCCAGGAUGGAAACCGCGUCAGUUAUAUCAGAGCCGAGCCAGUCAAAAGCAGUGAUCUCUUCUGGAGGGCUUACACACCAAAGGAUGUAAAGGUCACAGUUCAAGACCUCCCAACAGGGAACUGCUACUCUUUCACUGAUCCACAUGUUACCACAUUUGAUGGACGGCAUUAUGAUAAUUAUAAAAUUGGAACCUUCAUUUUGUCCAAGAGCCUGGCCCGUGUGUUUGAGAUACAUGUCCGUCAGUGGGACUGCGGAAGUCACCAUCAUGCUGUUGCCUGCAACUGCGGCGUAGCUGCAUGGGAAGCUAAUGACAUCGUUGUUCUGGAUAUGUGUAAUGGUCAGUUUCAUGAAACCAGACCUCAGCUAUCCAUUAAAAGCACUGAAGCAUCGCCACGCGUCAAAAUCCUGAAGUCGUAUGGAGAGAGAAAAAUUACUAUCAUGUUCCCCUCAGGAGCAUUUGUUCGAGCUGAUGUAAGUGAGUGGGGAAUGAGUUUGACAGUGAGGGCACCAAGCAUCGAUUUUAACAGCACCAGAGGUUUGUGUGGCAUCUUUGACAGGAACCGUCAUAAUGACUUCCAUAAUGCCAGUGGGAGUCCUUUACUAUCACAACAGAGAAACACGCCUGAGGAAGACUUCAUAGAAGAGUGGAGAAUACCCCCAGGGAAGAGUUUAUUUGACAGGACUCCAGCACCUUCUGAAGUAGAGAAAAGGAAAAAUUACUGCAGGUGUCCGAAAGCAUCCACCGCAUCCCUGCACUUGGUAAACACGCUGAAUACCUUCCAGAAUUCUUUCCCUCAAUCUCUGCACUGCCAUUACGAUAAUGUGGAUUAUACUUCUGCAAUCCCAUAUCUAGAUGUUACAUCUGAAUUUGUCACUUACCCAGAAAUAGAAUCUACUUUAAGAAGUGAUGGGAAAUUGUUGGCCAAGUUUUUUGAUCCAAGAUAUCUGCCUACAUCAGUCAAAAAGCGAGAUAGCCCUGAGGGCAGAUUAAAACAAUAUGCACAAAAAGUUUCCUUCAAAACCCCCCAAAUCAAUAGCUUUGUUAACUCCACUAAGCCAAAGGAAGUGCUAGAGAGAGCAAAAAGGGAAGAAGACUAUUCCGAAUACUCACCUCUUUAUCCAUUUCAAAGCCUGAGUCAAACAGACUCAGAAAGCUUUACAUAUUUUUUUCCAGAGGAUUACUUUGAAGGGAGUCAGCCAAAAAUCCAGGCAGUGUGGCCUACUCCCAGUGGCCUAACCUCAACUAAAGCCUUGGAGAUCUGUCAGCAGGUUCUUGCUAAUUCUACUAUUGGCUUGGUGUGUAAUGACUUACUGGGAACACAGCUGGAUGAGGCAAUUGAUAUGUGCCUUUUAGAUUUACAACUCAAGGAUGACUGGGCAUGGGAAGGUGCAAUGAUAGCAUUUUUGGAAAAUGAGUGUGAAAGAAGAGUGCUAGAAAACAGAAGCAGGCUGCUGCAUGCAGAAAAUGGGAUGCCUGCUAUCCAGGAAGAAAUCCUCAGAGCUCUGAGGUGUCCUAGUUUCUGCAAUGGGAAUGGACAGUGCACUGAAUGGGGAUGCCAGUGCUUUGAAGACCACAUUUCCUAUGACUGUAGCAUUGCCAAAAAUCACGCUUUAGAAAUCACAGACUUAGAGAACAGGGGACUCUGCGAUAUACGAAUUUCUGAUUGCAGCAGGAUCCGGGUGUUUGGCCUUGGCUUCAGAGAUUCUCCUCAUCUACACUGUGAGGUCACCAGAUUGACUCAUCUCAACGGUGAAUGGAUAUCAAGAGAACAAGAAAUCACAAGAGCAGAUUUUCUCAGCUCUAAAGCCGUUGACUGCCAGAUUCCUGUAUUGAACAGCACAGAAACAGAGAAUAUGCACUUCAUGGCUGAUGAUGAACCAUUUGCAAGAUGGCAAGUGAAAAUUACUAAUGAUGGCUUCCAGUACAGUAAUUCCAAAGUUCUGACCCUGUACGAUGCAGUCUGCCAGGUCUGUGAAUUUCAUCCAACUGGACUUUGUAAAUUAAAGGAAGAUACUUGUAAUAUUGAUGGACUUUGCUAUGGUGAAGGAGAUUCAAGCCCCACAAGCCCGUGCCUUCUUUGUGAACCUGACAUUUCUAAAUUCAUCUGGUCUAUUAAUGAAAACAACCUGCCUCCUGUGUUCCAAGCCCCUUCCAGCCAGCUGCUGACAUUUAUUGGUGAGAAUUUUGUUUACCAGUUAAUAGCAGCAGAUCCUGAGGGGUCAGCUGUGCUAUUCAUCUUAGAGGCUGGGCCACAGGAUGCCACACUCUCUCCUGCUGGCCUCCUCAUCUGGAAAGUCGAUUCGGAAGCAAAGCAGACGUUUGUGUUCGCUGUGUCAGAUGAAUGCAAUGCACAGAGCAGAUACUCUGUUGAGGUUUUAGUAAAGCCUUGCAGCUGCAUGCAUGGUGGAACAUGCGUUACCAAUAUUAACUUCCCUCCAGGACUUGGUGAAUACCUCUGUAUAUGUCCAAAUGGAUUUGAUGGGGUACUUUGCCAGGAAAAUAUCAAUGACUGCAAAUCAAACCCAUGUGGAAGUGGCACAUGUGUUGACAGUGUGGACAGCUACAUUUGUAAAUGCCCAGCUGGUUUGGAAGGGCUUACUUGUCAGGAAGACAGGAAUGAAUGUGAAGAGAACCUUUGUUUUCCUGGAAUGUCUUGCAUAAACACUUUUGGGUCUUAUAUGUGUGGAAUUUGCCCCAGUGGGAUGGAAGGGGAUGGUCAAUCUUGCAGACCUGAGGCCACUGCUGACAUUACAGAAGAUUUCAUCACUGAGAAUAAUAAAGCUUCAGGUAGACUGAACAAGACAGAGGAGGAAAGACCAACACAACCCAUAGACACAAAGAAGAUUCCUGCAAUUAAGAACAUUAACGUUAGUGGCAUACAAGUACAAAGAUCUGCCCAAAAUCACAUGGAUACUGCUGAGAUAGGUAAUGAAGACGCUAAAGACUCCCACCAAGGAAGAACAGCAAUGAAAUCAUUUUCCCAAGCUCUUCUAGCAAGACACCCUACAGUCUUCGGUAUUCAAUCACUUACUAUAAAAAAGACAGCUUCCCCGCCUCAGACUUCAGCAGCAACAAAAUCUGAUCUAGAUUCCAUGCCAUCUGAGAAAGCAUCAUCCUUGGAUAAAGGGAUGAUAGAAAUGAAUGCACACAACUUACUUCUGCACCAAGAGCCUGAUGACAAAGCAGCAAUGGUCAGAAUGACAACCCGGAUCUCUCCUGACUAUAAUCUGUACCUUAGAUCACACACAGCAGGGAGUGUUUCCCCUCACCAUGACAUGAGUGCAAGUCCAUUAGUUUCAAGCCCGUCUGCUGUUCAACAGACCCGCACAAAAUCUAACUUUUCUUCGAGAAAUUGGUCUAGUAGGAUUGCAACAACAAAGACCAAGCCACCGCAUGAUUUUCGAACAGAAAAGCCAAGAGCAUCUGCUUUGACCACCCUUGCGACUUCUUCAUUCCGUUUGAUAGCUUCUUUUUCUGAUACAGCUCCCCAAAGUGCUAGCCUCCCAGUAAGGACUUCUGUUCAAGCAAGAAUUCCAGCACAGACCAUUGCAAUCAGAAAGCCAGACGCCUUCACAGCGAACCAUUUGGCACUAUCAAAACCCAUUACUGGUCUACUGCAUCAGGACAAGAAAAUUACUUGUGCCAACAUGCCAUGCUUUUCAGGAGUGCAGUGUGAGCCAGCUAAAGAUGGAAGAUUUAAAUGUGGGCCUUGUCCAUUUGGAUACAGCGGGGAUGGAAUUACGUGUCGAAUGUUGUGUGAUCCACCUUGUGAUCAUGGAGGAACGUGUGUGGCUGAAAAUACCUGUUCUUGUGGUUAUGGAUUUGUUGGUCCAAGAUGCGAAAUAAUGGUGUGUAACAGGCACUGUCACAAUGGUGGAAAGUGUGUGUCACCAGAUGAGUGCAAGUGCAAAAAUGGAUGGAGUAGCCCCUCUUGUGAAACAGCAGUGUGUAUUCCUGUUUGCCUAAAUGGAGGCAGCUGUGUACGUCCAAAUAUGUGCGUUUGUCCUUCUGGUUUCUAUGGUCCCCAGUGCCAAACGGCUCUUUGCAACCCUCCUUGUAAGAAUGGUGGAUACUGUAUACGAAACAAUGUGUGUUCCUGUACUAAAGGUUAUAUAGGAAGAAGAUGUCAGAAAAGUGUCUGCGAUCCCAUGUGCAUGAAUGGAGGGAAGUGUGUAAGUCCAGAUGUCUGUGACUGUCCAUCUGGUUGGAGAGGCAAGAGAUGUCAUAAACCUGCGUGUCUGGAGAAGUGUCUGAAUGGUGGAGAAUGUAUAGGUCCAAACAUCUGUGAGUGCACUGAAGGCUGGACAGGACUGCUAUGCCAGACUCCACUUUGUGAGCAGAAGUGCCUGUUUGGAAGCAGAUGCAUAAGACCAAAUGUUUGUGCCUGUAGAAGUGGCUAUACUGGGGUAACAUGUGGAAAGAAGCUUCCAAUAAGACGAAGAUAACAUAACAAGAGGACAAUGAAGACAAUCAUUUGGAUGCUGGUAAUCUGGCAGUGUGCACGUUAUUCUUUUGGG